GUGAGUGUGUGUGUGUGUGUGUGCGUGAGUGUGUGUGUGUGUGUGAGAGAGAGAGAGAUGGCAUUACCACAGGGCACUCAAACCCCUGCAGCUAAAGACAACUCCAUCCUACAGCACCGAAGGAGGGGCCAACCACCACUUCAUCCAGAGAUCAUCCCGUGAUCAUCCAACAUAUAAAAGGACUUCAUCUACAGUCACUACAGUUCCUUUAAAUAGGAUUUCCUACUUUAGACUCUGCAGUCCUACUCUCUUUAUCAGAGCCAUCAGCAUAAAUCAACAGCUCCCGUCUGCCGCCAAGCAAGCAGGCACCCUACAGCGACCUCUAAACCCUUACUGAAUCUCUUCAGACCAGCCGUCCAAUCUCCAGGCCCAAGGAUGACAUCGAUGGGAGAUUGUGUGGCCCGUCAGAUUGGGAGGAAUGACGGUGUGGGAACAAACCAGCAGGCGCUGAAAUUCCUUCAGCAGGACUACGAGAAACUGCUCCAGGAAUGUCUGAAGAGUGGGAGGCUGUUUGAGGACCCCAUGUUCCCAGCUGAGAGCAACUCCCUGGGGUACAAGGAGCUGGGGAGAUACUCCUCCAAAACCAAAGGGCUGCAGUGGAAGAGACCCAGGGAGUUUUGCUCAAAUCCCACAUUCAUUGAUAAUGGCGCCACCAGGACCGAUAUCUGCCAGGGAGAGCUUGGGGACUGUUGGCUAUUGGCUGCUAUCGCUUCUCUGACCCUGGACCAGGAUAUUCUGGCUCGGGUCGUUCCUCCUGAUCAGAGCUUCACUGACAACUACGCCGGCAUCUUCCACUUCCAGUUCUGGCAGUUUGGGGAGUGGUUGGACGUGGUCAUAGAUGACCGGCUGCCCACCAGAAAUGGACAGCUGCUGUUUGUCCACUCAGCCGAGGGGAAUGAGUUCUGGAGCGCCCUGCUGGAGAAGGCCUACGCCAAGGUGAAUGGUUGCUAUGAGGCUCUGUCUGGAGGCUCCACCAUUGAGGGCUUUGAGGACUUCACAGGAGGGAUCGCGGAGACGUACCAGCUGAACAAAGCUCCUCCCUCUCUCUUCCAGAUCAUGGUCAAGGCCUUGGAGCGUGGCUCACUGAUGGGCUGUUGCAUCGAUGUCACCAGCGCCUAUGAGACUGAGAACGUGACGGCUCUUGGACUGGUGAAGGGCCAUGCAUAUUCAGUCACUGGUGCUGAGGAGGUCCACGUCCGAGGAAGCCCAGUCCAGCUGGUUCGGAUCAGGAACCCCUGGGGAAACGUGGAAUGGAUCGGGCCUUGGAGUGACAACUCCACAGAAUGGAAGUAUGUCAGUCCAGAAGAAAAACUUAGACUGGAUAACAUUGCUGAGGAUGGGGAGUUCUGGAUGGCCUAUUCUGACUUCCUGCAUCAGUACACUAAACUGGAGAUCUGCAACUUGACUCCAGACACGCUGACCAGCGAAGGGGUGGGUCGCUGGAUGCACUACCAGUACGAAGGGGCGUGGAGGUUGGGCUCUACUGCCGGAGGCUGCCGAAACCAUCCAGCCACGUUCUGCUCCAACCCCCAGUUCCUGUUGUGCCUGGAGGAGGUGGACGAUGACCCUGUGGACGGGAAAAACGGCUGCACCUUCCUGGUCGGCCUGAUGCAGAAAGACGGACGACGCAGCCGCAAGUUGGGACAAGAAGACCUAAACACCAUUGGCUUUGCUAUCUACAAGGUUCCUGAUCAGUAUAAGGGCCAGGCUAAUGUUCACCUGGGACCAGACGUGCUGCUGAAACAGAAAGAAGUGGCCAUGUGCAAGACCUUCACUGACAGCAGAGAGGUGUGUGACCGUUUCUGUCUCCCGCCGGGCAAUUACGUCAUCAUCCCCUCCACCUUCCUGCCACAUAAGAAUGGCAACUUCAUCCUUAGGGUUUUCUCUGAAAAACAUGUUGCCACCAGUGAAAUGGGAAAAGUGGCCACUGUUAAGGUCAAGGAGGCUAAAAUAACAGAGAAAGACGUGGAUCCCCAAUUCAAGGAAAUAUUUAGGAAGAUUGCUGGCAAUGACUCAGAGGUGACUGUGUUCCAGCUUGUUGAAAUUCUAAACAACGUUUUCACCAAAAGGGCUGAUAUCAAGACUGAUGGAUUUAGUCUUGAAACCGGACGUCACAUUCUCAGCCUUAUGGAUAGAGAUGGGAGUGGCAAGUUGGGUCUGGUGGAAUUCCACCUGCUUUGGAUGAAGAUACUGCGUUACCUGGACAUCUUCAAGAGUUACGACUCGGAUAAAUCUGGAACGAUGAGUUCACAUGAGAUGAGAGCUGCUCUUACCCAAGCAGGCUUCCAAAUCGACAGUAAAGUUCUGCAGACCAUUGUGAAUCGCUAUGCCAGCGCCCACUAUGACAUUGACUUCCACUGUUUCGUGGACUGUCUCAUCAGACUGGAAAUGCUCUUCAAGAUGUUCAAAACUCUGGAUUUGAAUGCCUCUGGGAAGAUUGACCUGGUUAUCUCGCAGUGGCUGUGUCUGGCGAUGAACUAGACUUCUCAACAACAGUAGUGACUGGUACAGCUGAAUCCAAAGAAGAUGUUACAAGAACCGUUUUUAUAAAAAUAUACACUUUUUAACCCUUUGACGCGUACAAUCACACCAGUGUGAUCAGUCUAGAGUGGUCCCUG